AUGUUCCCUCCGCGGAGUGCAGGACUUUCUGAUCAGCUUCUGUGUUUAAGCUCCAAACCUGGAUCUGCGACGGCGUCAAGCAGCCGAGUGUCACCGGAAGUACACCAGCUUUUCAAAAUAAAGUGCAUUUAUUAUGACCUGCGCCAAAGAAUGAUGAGAUGGCUCCUGAUCUGCGUUCUGAUGGGGAAGGUUACUGGCCAAUGUGGACCAAAUGGUUGGACUUUUUCAUGUAUAAUAGAGGCCAUGCAUAAUGUGUCAUUGCGUUUGGAAGAAGGCGACUUUAGCCUGUUAUUCGAAUUUGAGGAAGGUUUUGGAAGUGGCUAUGGUUUAACUAUUUAUGCCAGUGCAACUAAGAUAUCUACUGACCCGAUUCCAGACUUUAAUGUAAUUGUUCAGUUGCCACGGGAACUGGAAGUGAAUUUCUUCCACAGAUUGUCUUUCAUUAGGAUUUGUUUGCCCCAGAUAGCUGCAGACCAGUUGGUGAACUCAGACUACCUGUAUAAUAACACACUGAUCGGCCUGACUGUGAUGGACGCAGAGGUUUCAGGUCUACGAGAAACGGUCAACAUUAGCAUGAAUGUCUCCACAUUGGAAACGGUAACCCACAGUCCUCGUUGUGUGUUUGUGAAUGACUCCACUCAGAGUGAGCUGUCAUUAGACACUUACGGCUGUUCGACCCAGUGGACGCCUGGACAGAGCUAUGUUGUCUGCUCCUGUGAUCAUCUCACUUUCUUCGGUGUGCUAAUGAUAACCAACAAGAAAACUACUGAAGACAUCUCAGCUGUUGAUAAGAAAACUCUGACGUACAUCUCAUUUAUUGGCUGCAGCUUUUCCUUUUGUGCCCUCCUCGUUGCUAUUGGGCUCUUCAUCACAAACAGAAAAGUGCGAUCAGACGUCUCCAUGAAGAUCCACGUGAACCUUGUCGCAGCCCUCCUCCUUCUCAACAUGCACUUCCUCCCAAACGCUGCCACUGGAAUCUGGACCUUCUCCUGGCCGUCCCCAUGGCUCUGCUUCUACCUGGCCAUUGGUCUGCACUUCUCACUGCUCAGCUCCUUCAGCUGGAUGGCAGUAGAAGGAUUUCACCUCUAUCUCCUCCUGGUUAAAGUUUUUAACAUACACGUCAGGAAAUACCUGCUCAAAGUCAGCCUAGUGGGAUGGGGUUUUCCUACGGUUGUUGUGUCAAUCGUGGUCAUCAUAGACAGAGAUUUAUACGGAUCCGUGUCUCUGGACCAGUCUAACUCCACUGACAUGUGCUACAUUCGCGACGACGUUGUUAAAUCCAUUUCAACAAUGGGGCUGUUUGGUUUGGUGUUUCUCUUCAACUUGAGCCUGCUAACGGUGGCAGUUAGGAAUAUCUUACGUUUGCGUAAGAGCAAACAGUUUGGGCCAAAUGACUGGAACCGAACGAAGAAGGACAUCUGCACCCUGUUGGGAGUCACCACUUUGCUUGGAACCACAUGGGGUCUUAUCUUUUUCUCAUUUGGCCAACUCACCACCAUUGGAUUGUACGCUUUUUCCAUCCUGAAUUCACUCCAAGGUGUAUUUAUUCUCGUGUGGUUUGCGAUGUCCGUCUUAAAGAUCAGAAAAGCAUCAAGUGCCUUUGCUCGCUCACAAACUAAAGAGAAGGAUAAAGGCUACUUGUGUUGGCAUGAUGAGAUGGAUCCUGUUCUGCGUCCUGACUCUUCCAUCCAAUACAGAGGAAAUAAACGUCAUUAUUCAAAUAGAUAUUCAGCUGAAGUAAAAAAGUUCAUGGAAAAUGUACUAAAGUCUUUGGAUAAAGGCAACAUAAGUUCUUUGCUAGAAUUUGCGAGGGGAUUAGGACGUCUGAACUCUGCAACGCUUGUCUCUGCAACUCUUGUCUCUGUUCGAAAUUUUCUAUCUUAUUCUUACCAAAAACCCUCGUCUGCUUCCAAUUUUGAGGGUUUAACUCUUUUUUCCAAUGCCACUGAGAUAUCUACUGAAUGGAUUCAAGACUUUAAUGUAAUUGCUCAGUUGCCACGGGAACUGCCUGUAGAUAUAUUCCACAGAUUGUCUUUCAUUGUGAUCCCUUUACCCCAGAUAGCUGCAGACCAGUUGGUGAACUCCUCAGACUACCUGUAUAAUAAUAACACACUGAUCGGCCUGAGUGUGAUGGACGCAGAGGUUUCAGGUCUACGAGAAACGGUCAACAUUAGCAUGAAUGUCUCCACAUUGGAAACGGUAACCCACAGUCCUCGUUGUGUGUUUGUGAAUGACUCCACUCAGAGUGAGCUGUCAUUAGACACUUACGGCUGUUCGACCCAGUGGACGCCUGGACAGAGCUAUGUUGUCUGCUCCUGUGAUCAUCUCACUUUCUUCGGCGUGCUAAUGAUAACCAACAAGAAAACUACUGAAGACAUCUCAGCUGUUGAUAAGAAAACUCUGACGUACAUCUCAUUUAUUGGCUGCAGCUUUUCCUUUUGUGCCCUCCUCGUUGCUGUUGGGCUCUUCAUCACAAACAGAAAAGUGCGAUCAGACGUCUCCAUGAAGAUCCACGUGAACCUUGUCGCAGCCCUCCUCCUUCUCAACAUGCACUUCCUCCCAAACGCUGCCACUGGAAUCUGGACCUUCUCCUGGCCGUCCCCAUGGCUCUGCUUCUACCUGGCCAUUGGUCUGCACUUCUCACUGCUCAGCUCCUUCAGCUGGAUGGCAGUAGAAGGAUUUCACCUCUAUCUCCUCCUGGUUAAAGUUUUUAACAUAAACAUCAGGAACUACCUGCUCAAAGUCAGCCUAGUGGGAUGGGGUGUUCCUACGGUUGUUGUGUCAAUCGUGGUCAUCAUUGACAGAGAUUUUUACGGAUCUGUGUCUCUGGACCAGUCUAACUCCACUGAGAUGUGCUUCAUUCGUGAUGACGUUGUUAAAGCGGUGUCUACGAUGGGGCUGUUUGGUUUGGUGUUUCUCUUCAACUUGUUCCUGCUAAUGGUGGUUGUCAGAAAGAUUUUAAGUUUGCGAAAAAGUAAACAGUUUGGGCCAAAUGGCAGUAACCGAACGAAGAAGGACAUCUGCACCCUGUUGGGAGUCACCACUUUGCUUGGAACCACAUGGGGUCUUAUCUUUUUCUCAUUUGGCCAACUCACCACCAUUGGAUUGUACGCUUUUUCCAUCCUGAAUUCACUCCAAGGUGUAUUUAUUCUCGUGUGGUUUGCGAUGUCCGUCUUAAAGAUCCGAAAAGCAUCAAGGGGCCUUCUGUACCCGUUUGGCUCCAGUCCUGGCUCCAGUUCCUGCUCCAGCUCUUCGGCUCCACGUCCCGGCCCCGGCUCCACGUCCCGGCCCCGGCUCCACGCCCCGGCUUCACGUCCCGGCCCCGGCUUCACAGCUUCCAUCCAAUACAGUGGAAAUAAACGUCAUUAUUCAAAUGGAUGUUCAGCUAAAGUAAAAGAGUCCAUGAAAAAUGUUCUAAAGUUUUUGGAUAAAGGCAACAUACAUUCGUUGCUAGAAUUUGCGAGGGGAUUAGGACGUCUGAACUCUGCAACGCUUGUCUCUGUUGGAAAUUUUCGAUCUUAUUCUUACCAAAAACCCUUGUGUGCUUCCAAUUUUGAGGGUUUAACUCUUUUUUCCAAUGCCACUGAGAUAUCUACUGAAUGGAUUCAAGACUUUAAUGUAAUUGCUCAGUUGCCACGGGAACUGCCUGUAGAUAUAUUCCACAGAUUGUCUUUCAUUGUGAUCCCUUUACCCCAGAUAGCUGCAGACCAGUUGGUGAACUCCUCAGACUACCUGUAUAAUAAUAACACACUGAUCGGCCUGACUGUUAUGGACGCAGAGGUUUCAGGUCUACGAGAAACGGUCAACAUUAGCAUGAAUGUCUCCACAUUGGAAACGGUAACCCACAGUCCUCGUUGUGUGUUUGUGAAUGACUCCACUCAGAGUGAGCUGUCAUUAGACACUUACGGCUGUUCGACCCAGUGGACGCCUGGACAGAGCUAUGUUGUCUGCUCCUGUGAUCAUCUCACUUUCUUCGGCGUGCUAAUGAUAACCAACAAGAAAACUACUGAAGACAUCUCAGCUGUUGAUAAGAAAACUCUGACGUACAUCUCAUUUAUUGGCUGCAGCUUUUCCUUUUGUGCCCUCCUCGUUGCUGUUGGGCUCUUCAUCACAAACAGAAAAGUGCGAUCAGACGUCUCCAUGAAGAUCCACGUGAACCUUGUCGCAGCCCUCCUCCUUCUCAACAUGCACUUCCUCCCAAACGCUGCCACUGGAAUCUGGACCUUCUCCUGGCCGUCCCCAUGGCUCUGCUUCUACCUGGCCAUUGGGCUGCACUUCUCACUGCUCAGCUCCUUCAGCUGGAUGGCAGUAGAAGGAUUUCACCUCUAUCUCCUCCUGGUUAAAGUUUUUAACAUAAACAUCAGGAAAUACCUGCUCAAAGUCAGCCUAGUGGGAUGGGGUGUUCCUACGGUUGUUGUGUCAAUCGUGGUCAUCAUAGACAGAGAUUUUUACGGAUCUGUGUCUCUGGACCAGUCUAACUCCACUGAGAUGUGCUUCAUUCGUGAUGACGUUGUUAAAGCGGUGUCUACGAUGGGGCUGUUUGGUUUGGUGUUUCUCUUCAACUUGUUCCUGCUAAUGGUGGUUGUCAGAAAGAUUUUAAGUUUGCGAAAAAGUAAACAGUUUGGGCCAAAUGACUGGAACCGAACGAAGAAGGACAUCUGCACCCUGUUGGGAGUCACCACUUUGCUUGGAACCACAUGGGGUCUUAUCUUUUUCUCAUUUGGCCAACUCACCACCAUUGGAUUGUACGCUUUUUCCAUCCUGAAUUCACUCCAAGGUGUAUUUAUUCUCGUGUGGUUUGCGAUCUUUUUGACAAACGCUGCUGGUCGGACUGUUUUCUGUGAUGAUGUAGAGUCUAUGUGUCUGGUUAGUCCGGUGGGAUUUUCUAAGUGUUAUGAGAAUGAAAUAAGUAAAUGUUCAAAAAAAGGGAGACAAGAGAACCCACGUUUCUAUUUGCAAACGCUAGAACCUUCAGAAGAGGCAAAUGUGCCGAUGGGAAAUCACAGAGUUCAAAUCCCAUCGUCGGCUUUGAAGAUGAGCCAAGGGGACGAGGACAAGUAUGUGCGAGUGGUGGUGACAGUUUUAAACAGCUCUUACUUUAAGCCUGAGUCUGCACCAGCAAAAAGUGGGGAGAAGACCAGCAUUAUUUUAGACAAAUCUGUGCUGGUGGUGAAGGCAGGGACACGGCGUGUUGGUAACUUAUCAGUGCCUGUCAAGUUACUCUUCCAUCCUCAGGAGAAGGGGCUGAAUGGUACAUGUGUUUUUUGGGAAGAUUCAGGGGACUGGAACACAGACGGCUGUACCACUGACUAUAAUGGAACUUAUUACAUAUGUAGCUGCAACCACCUCAGCUUUUUUGCCGUUCUUGUGAACCCGGCAAUAGUAGUGGAUGAGCAGAAUGCUCUGACCCUCACCUACGUUAGUUAUGUAGGAUCAGCAUUUUCUGUUGUCUUCACUCUCAUGAGCUUGUUCCUAUUAAUGUGUCUACACUGGCGGCGUCCUGAGAAGGCCCUUGAAAUGGGCAAUAGUUUACUCUGCAAAGCCAUGGGCAUAUUUAUGCACUGGUCACUGCUGGCCACUUUCAGCUGGGUGGCUCUGGAAGGAUUUCAUCUGUACCUACUUCUGGUCAGGGUUUUUAACAUCUAUGUCAGGAAAUAUGUGCUGAAGAUCAGCCUGUUUGGAUGGGGUUUUCCUACCCUGGUUUCAGUGUUUUGCACAAUUGCUAAUGUUUAUGGAAAUUACGUAAUAACAGAUGCCAACAACCAAACGACAAUAGGGGAGAUAUGUUGGAUAAGUAACAAUGUCCCACACAGCAUCAUAGUGAACUAUGUGACUACUGUGGCCUUUCCCUGUGUGGUCAUCCUCUGCAAUGGAAGCAUGCUGGGGAAAGUGAUUUGUCAACUGUGGGGUUUACGAAGAGCAGAAUAUGACAUGGAAGGAAGUCAAAAAUUGAAAAUUCUACAAAAGGAAAGAAUAUACCAGUUGUGGAAGGAUGCGGUGACAGUGCUGGGCCUCAGCUGUGUGUUGGGGUUACCCUGGGGACUCGCCUGCGUAUCGUACAUAUCCACAGCAGGGAUAUAUGUGUUCACUGUCUUUAAUGCACUGCAAGGUUUUCUUAUAUUCCUGUGGUGUCUUGCUUUGAGAUAUAAGUCUAAAUCUGAAACCAACUCAUCAAGCAGAGACCAAUCAGCUUCCCAGAAGAUGAUUGACACAAGUCUAUGA